AGUGAUAUAAAAACUAAAACAAGGUACGAAAGCAUGCUUUUGGGAGACCACCGCGGAAAUCAGAAAUCUCUCUCCCCGCGUAGAUCCAGAUCCCCAUUUCCCCUCCCUAUUUCUAUACUUCUUGAUCCGGAUCAGAUCCGCUCUCUAUUUCUUAUCAACCUACUCAUACGUUUCGAAAUUCCCCAAAUUUUGACCUCUGAAUUGAAAAUUUGGAAGUAAUCACAGAAUAGCAGAGGCAGGCGAACAUGGAGGCUUUCCCUUCAUACCCGUUUCGUAGGAAACCUUUUUAUCUAUACGUUUUCCUGGUGGUUCUUCUCCUCCUCUCUUUCUCCGUCCCGCAAAUUUCUGCCCAGGAAAGUGAAGGGCGGGAGUCGAGUGCUGCAAUCAAGAGUCUGGGCCGCCGUAGUAAAAUAUUUGGGGAGAAAAUUAAGACUGGCAUUGCUAAAGAAGAGAAAGAUCUUGAUCUUGUUGAUCUUGGAGUUAAUUUGGACUCGGGUCUUGGAGUCUUUGAUGCUUUCUUUGCAAGUUUAUCCAUGAUACUUGUCAGUGAGAUUGGAGAUGAAACUUUUAUAAUAGCAGCUCUCAUGGCAAUGCGUCACCCCAAGUCAAUUGUUCUAUCUGGUGCACUCAGUGCGUUGUUUGUGAUGACAAUACUUUCGACUGGUCUUGGUAGAAUUGUGCCUAAUUUGAUCUCAAGGAAGCAUACAAAUAAUGCAGCUACAGUUCUUUAUGCCUUUUUUGGUCUCCGACUGCUCUACAUUGCAUGGAGAUCAGAUUCAAAAGCUUCUCAGAAAAAAGAAAUGGAGGAGGUGGAAGAAAAACUUGAAGCAGGACAAGGGAAAACAACAAUCCGGCGUUUCUUUUCUAGAUUUUGUACACCAAUCUAUUUAGAGUCAUUUAUUUUGACAUUUUUAGCAGAGUGGGGAGACCGUAGCCAGAUUGCAACAAUUGCUCUAGCAACACACAAGAAUGCUGUCGGAGUUGCUGUAGGGGCCACCAUAGGACACACCAUAUGCACGUCUUUGGCAGUGAUCGGUGGAAGUAUGCUGGCAUCAAAGAUUUCACAGCGAACUGUUGCAACAGUUGGAGGACUGCUUUUCCUCGGGUUUUCUUUGUCGUCAUACUUUUAUCCUCCCCUCUGAUCGUGGAAGUUUUGUAGAUUAUAACACGAUAUUAUACACAUAAAUAUUCAUGGAUCCCUGAAAGGGUUUAUUAAGUUUUUUUCUUAAUGGUCAAUCUGUUCCCAGAAAAUGUUUGCAUGUAGAGUUCUGUGUAACAUAUGAGGUACUAUAUAUUGAAAAUUAUGUUGCAUACUUGGAUGGAUAAUCCAUCCUUACUUGUUCCACUGUGGACAAUAAUAGAGUGAAUUCAUUGUCUAUUAA